AUGGCCGUGAGGGAGGCACAGUGUUCAACCAGAGACCAUAUAAUAGAGGGACGCCCCUCUAGCCAGUGCGCAAAACCAUCAGCGCUACGGCUUGUACUGCGCAGCCUAUCUGGGAAGCUGGCGAAAACGAGUGUUGACUUCAAUCAUCGAUUUCGCGUAUUUUCAUUGCAAAGAUGCCCAGGAAAAAGAAAGUUUUCAUCGGCAGUCGCCGGAAGGGCUACUCAAAGUGGGGUCCGAGACAACAAGGUGUCAGUUCUUCCUCUCUCUGACAUUCUUAUUCAUCAGUUCAAUCAACUGUUCUCGACGAUUGCAGUUCAAGAGAUGCACUGUGGGACAAAGCAUGGAAGUCAUUCUUCAUUGACCUCACCGAUGAACCCACAAAUUCCCCCAUGCCUGGAAGAAGUGAUAGAUUCUGAUGGUUGUUCGGCUGAUGAAUUCUUUGGGUUUAUUUCAUUGACAAUUCACCAGUAUCAUCCGGACAACAAUGAAGAUGAAUUUGUUGAUGACAUCCUGCGAUACCAGCAAUAUUUAACAUUAAAAAGGAGCCUCAUGUAG